CCAAAGCUAUUUGAAUCACCCCGACUUAAAAGCCGGUGGUGCGCUGGUGCCGGUGCUCUUCUCCGCUUCCCUGUCCCUUCUCUCUCUAGCUCCACGCAAGGAAGGCGGCGGCGGCGGCCAUGGAGGAGCUCGCUGCGGCGGCGGUGCCGCCACCGCGGUGGCACCGGGAACGGCGGCACCGGCGGAAGGCGUCGGACGCGGCGGCGAAUGCGCUGGCAGCGUCCUUCGGCGACGUGUUCGGCGGCCCCCCGCGGUUCGCCACGGGGGCGCCGGCGGACUACGCGGAGGUGUUCGGCGGCGUAGCGGCCUCGUGCUCCAUCCCGUACCUCGACGUGCCCCCGGCCGCCGCAGCCCGCGACGCCGGCGCCGGCGCGGGCGGGUACGGCGACAUCUUCGGGCGGUUCGACUUCGGGGACUUCGCGACGCCGUACGAUGAGAUGCUCGCGGGGCCGGAGGAGAUCCCGUCGCCGAGCGGGAGCUCGAGAUCGUCAAUCAGAAAAGAAUCUGGCCAAUUGGACUCCGAGCGAUCUAUACCCUAUCAAAAUUAUCCGAAUGCUGGUUGUGACCAACACUUUGACGAGGAGGAUUUUUAUCAAGUCUCCUUUCCCCCAAAUGGUGAACAAAAAUUCAGCAUGUCAUAUAACAAGACCAGGGGAAGACCAGAUGAUCUUGUUGAAAUGACCACUUGCAUAGUGGAACCUUCAAUUAGUUAUGUGGUUGACUCUUGCAAUUUGUCAAAUGAUUCAGAAAUGAAUCUAGUUAUGGACAGUGGUACACAUGCUAAUGGUGUGAAAGGGAAGGUGAGGCCACCGAUCCCUGCAAGUUCCAGCAUAAAGAGUGCUAAUAGCGAUUCUGUACUUGAUUCUUGCAGUUUGUCAGAUGAUUCAGAAAUGAAUCAUGUCCCAGUAAUGGACAGUGGUACACUUGGUGAUGGUGUGAAAGGGAAGGUGAGCCCACCGUUCCCUGCAAGUUCCAGCAUGAGGAGUGCUAAUAGUGCUUCUGUAGUUGACCAGCAGCAGCAUAUUCCAACAUGCCUUCCCAUAUCUGAAAAUAUAUGUGAAGAUGAAAACUACAACAAGAGGUCUAGCACUCAUUCAGUGUCAAGUGAGGAAACACCUUCCCCCAAUUAUCCAUUCUUAAGGGUAUCCAACACAAGCCUUCCAGCAGCGCCCAUCAAAGUACAACCACCACCAAUGCCACCAUCUAAAUUGCUUAAUAAAAAGGGAAGCAACAAAAAUGGACACUCUGAUGCCAAUCCUAACUCUGCUGCUGCUGCUGCUGCUAUGAAGGAAGCAAUGGAAUUUGCUGAAGCCAGAUUGAAAGCUGCAAAAGAAAUGAUGGAUAGAAAAGGCGACAGUUUUAAACUCCGGAAGAGGCCAGUUCAUCACAGAAGCACAAAAUCAACAGAAAUUAAGGAAAUUAAGACUCCUGAUGAGGUGCAUCUCUUUGAAGAAAAGCUGAACAUGAGAAGAUUAUUAGAAGAGGAAAAUCAAAACAAGGAUCCAGCUUUGCUGGAUAACAGUGAUGGUAGUGCAGUUAAGUUUGUUGACUGUGAUCACAACAAAAAAGGGGUUCUACCACCAGGGAAGCCCCAGGAGAUGUUGCAGAAUGGCAAUAAACUAGAACAAUUACGCAAGUGUACAUCAGAUGCUGGAUUUUAUGAACUGAUUAGCCACGAUCAGAGAUGCAGACCUAAUGCAGUUACAUGCAAAGGAAGUAAGGAUGGGACAACAAAUUCCUUCACCAAACUCAACCAGUUUGAAAAAGAAAAAGCAGGAGGUUUCGCAGGUGAGCUGAAAAGGUUUAGGAAGCUAUGGUUCAGUAAUGACACAACAGAGCUGAGAACAGAAUGUGUAAAUCUGGUAAAAGAUGGCAUAGCUUCUGUGGAGGUUGAACAUAAGGCUCCUAGACCUCCAGAAGUUCCUUCUUGUGAGGAAACAGCGACAUACCAAGAGCUAACUGACUCCCGUUUUAAACAUUGUCCGGGGGUGGGGAUUUCUCUACAAGCUCAUGAUGAUGAUGGGAGAUUUGAAAUUUCAUGUAUGAAUAAUAUACCUGCCAAAGUGCAUGUUGUCCCAGAAAUGUGCAGUCCCUAUUUGGAGGCUUGUAUAUCUGGAGGCCAUGCCGAUGACAACAAAAAUCAUUCUGUUGCUAGUACUGAGGAAACUCCACUGGUAAGAAAAUCUAACCAAGACAACAACAAUAAAGAGGAACUCGAGCUUCCAUGUGCUGAUGAGAUACUGUGCACUUCAGCAAGGAGUCAAAUUUCACGGGAACAUCCUAUUCUUCUUAAUAUUGAUGAAACCAAUGAAACUCAAGUGAAAAUAUCAGAAUUAGAGGAGUAUGCAGAAUCUCGUGAAACUUCUGAGGAAGGAAAGUUAUUUAGUUUUGUUGAUGUAGCAUACCUACACAGCGAAAAUGAAAGAGCAAAUGAAGUAACUUCAGAAGCACUCAUCCAUGAAGAAAUGAAGAAAUUUGGGACUGAGGAGACAGCAGGUGCACAUGAAGAUUUCCAAUAUGGAGAUGUGGAUGCGGAUGCGGAUGCUGGCUCUUCUGAAAAGGAAGUUAAUGUUACUUCAGGAAGUGCUAAUGCUAAUGGAAAUAAAAAUGAUGAAGCAGAAGUGCUCAAUGUAUUUGUGGGAGACGCCGAACCGAAUGUGAGAACAUGUGGUACCUUUGGCAAAGACCCAUAUCAACUCCAAGAAUCACAAGGGUCAUUAGGGCCUCAAGAUUUGGAGAAUAUAAUGUACAGAGUUGAGGAUAUUGCAUCUCAUGGUAUGGAAAGAAAGACAAAAGAAUCCUUGUUAGAAAAUGUUGAGAAGACACUGGUGGAAGAAGUAUUAAACCAUGUCGGUAGGGAAGGCAAGAAAUCCAUAGAAGCUGGUAUCCACAAAAGACAAAAUAAUAUAUAUGCAGAGGUUAAUAUAAGGUGUGACAGAGAUGGCAACACAUGUCAUUCUAUAAGCGAAGUUUUUACUGAUGAUGGCAGUGAUUAUGCCGUGAAGAUGAGCACACGGUUAGACAAUCUGGCUUCUUCAUUUUCAGAAGCAUGCACUAGCAUGCGGCAGUUGUCUCAAAAUGCUGUGUCUGCUUCUGCUGAGAAGGCUGACAAGAUCACUCCUGUUCUUGAAAAUCUUGAAGAGGAUUGCAGAGAAGCAGAUAGAGAAUUCCGAAACGAAAAAUGUACAGCAUUAGAAGAAAGGCAAAAGGCUGCAAGCAAAAUGGAAGAAAGAGAUGACAAAGACAGUAUAUUGAAUGUAAGGUUCAAGGAUCAGAAAUCUUUUUACAUGGACAGUGACAUUAUACCUAGGUUUGUGGAAGAUACUGCAUCAGAUAUUGUUCAGAAAUCAAGAGAAGAGAACCCUAUUGUUCAGAGAACUAAAGGGAAGAAUGACAUAAAAAAGACUGAAGGAGAAACCGAGGAGAUGCUCGUAAGACAAGAUGAAGAUAAAGAAAAGGAAUGCAAAAUGGAAAAACAAAAAGAGCAAAAUAAAGAGAGAUGGAGAAGAGAAUUAGAAGAAGAGAAGGAACGGGAAAUGGAGCGAGCAAAAGAUAGACUUGCUGUUCAGAGAGCUACGAGAGAAGCACACGAGAGGGCGUUUGCUGAGGCUCGUGUGAAGGCUAAAAGAAUAGCACACGAGAGGGCGUUUGCACGACAACGAGCAGAUGCAGAAUCCCAUGAGAAAGAAGAGAAGACAACCGCUGAAGCACCUGCUGAGAAGGCUAAUAGAGAAGCUAGAAUGAAAGCAGAACGUGCAGCAGUUGAGAGAGCAACUGCUGAAGCUCGAGAGAGGGCAAUUGAAAAGGCAAAGGCUGCUUCAGAUGCAAAGGAGCGAAUGGAGAGGUUCAGGUCCUCUUUCAAGGAUAGUUUUAAGGUUACUAAUCAGGAUAAUCAACAGGAGACACAAUUUCAGAAGUCAGCUUUUAAUAACUGUGGAAAAAGCAUGGGUUCUUGCAAUGAAGUAGUUGAAGUUGAGUCAGCUCUAAGACAUAAAGCAAAAUUGGAGAGGCAACAACGCACAGCUGAGCGAGCGGCUAAAGCCCUUGCUGAAAAGAACAUGCGGGACAUGCUGGCUCAGAGGGAGCAAGCAGAGAGACACAGAUUGGCUGAAUUUCUCGAUCCUGAAGUCAAGAGAUGGUCAAAUGGAAAAGAAGGAAAUCUGCGAGCAUUGCUGUCCACAUUACAAUAUAUACUUGGUUCAGACAGUGGCUGGCAGUCAGUUCCCCUCACAGAUCUUAUUACAACUACUGGUGUCAAGAAAGCAUACAGGAAGGCAACCCUUUGUGUCCAUCCUGAUAAAUUACAACAACGAGGCGCUACAAUAAGACGGAAAUACAUUUGUGAGAAAGUUUUUGACCUUCUUAAGGAAGCUUGGAACAAAUUCGAUUCCGAAGAGCGCUAGUGGUGAAGCUAGAUAUGAAAGCAAAUUCUAUAGGACUGGAUCCUAUGAAAGAUCUCAUUCUCACAUGUGUUUUUUUUUUCUUUUUU